CUCCAUUAUCUCUCCUCUUCUCCCUCCCCCCUUUCCCCUAUGCUCAGUUCGGUGUGUGUCUCCUCUUUCAAAGGGCGCACGGGUGGGAACAAGUCGUCCAACAAAGCAUGUUCCAGCGCAGACAUGACUUGUCCGUCAGAGAGCGAGAAAAUCGUAAUAAACUGCGGUGGGGUUCGACACGAGACGUACCGCAGCACCCUCAAGACGCUUCCCGGUACCCGCUUGUCCUGGCUAACGGAACCAGACGCGUAUAGCAAUUUCGACUACGACCCCAAAGCGGACACGUUCUUCUUCGACCGUCACCCGGGCACUUUUUCUUUCAUUCUGAACUAUUACCGCACGGGGAAGUUGCAUUGUCCCAAUGAUGUGUGCGGUCCACUCUUUGAGGAGGAGCUCGCUUUUUGGGGCAUUGAUGAGACGGACGUGGAGGCAUGCUGCUGGAUGAACUACCGCCAACACAGGGAUGCCGAGGAGGCACUGGACAGUUUUGAAACCCCUGAGCCGGAAGAAGAGGACGACCCAGCGCUCACGGGAGGCGCUGACGGGGACUUGAAGCGUUUGUGUCUGCAAGAAGACGGCCGCAAGCCCAGCUGGUGGACCGUGUGGCGCCCGUAUAUGUGGAAUCUCUUCGAGGAUCCAUACUCUUCCAAAAAUGCCCGGUAUGUGGCGUUUCUGUCCCUGUUAUUUAUCCUCAUCUCUAUCUCUACAUUCUGCCUGGAGACGCAUGAGGCCUUCAACACCAUCUACAACUUGACCGAGAAUGUCACAGUGGGUAACGUAACAAAGGAGGAGGUGUCUUUUGUGGUGGAGACAGACGCAUGGCUUACCUACGUGGAGGGCGUUUGUGUCAUCUGGUUUACCAUUGAGGUGUUUGCCCGUGUCAUCUUCUGCCCAGACAAGGCUGAGUUUUUCAAGAGCUCAUUGAACAUUAUUGACUUUGUGGCGAUCAUGCCCUUCUACCUGGAGUUGGCGCUGAGUGGCCUCUCCUCCAAGGCUGCCAAGGAUGUUCUGGGCUUCCUGCGCGUGGUGCGUUUUGUACGAAUCCUGCGUAUCUUCAAGCUGACGCGGCACUUUGUGGGUCUGCGGGUCUUGGGCCACACGUUACGCGCCAGCACCAACGAGUUUCUCUUGCUCAUCAUCUUCCUUGCGUUGGGUGUCCUCAUCUUUGCCACAAUGAUCUACUAUGCCGAGCGCAUAGGAGCCGACCCCGCUGACCCCACGGCCAGUGCCCACACCACCUUCAAGAACAUCCCCAUUGGCUUCUGGUGGGCUGUGGUCACCAUGACUACACUGGGCUACGGGGACAUGUACCCAGAGACGUGGUCCGGCAUGCUUGUGGGUGCGCUGUGUGCCCUGGCUGGUGUGUUGACCAUCGCCAUGCCUGUGCCCGUCAUCGUGAAUAAUUUCGGCAUGUACUACUCGUUAGCCAUGGCCAAACAGAAGUUGCCCAAGAGGAAAGGCAAACACAUCCCUCGCGCCCCUCAGCCAGGCUCGCCCAACUACUGCAAGCCAGAUGCACUCGCCAUGGCAUCAGCCUCACCGAACAGGCUCAUGGGAAACGUGAUUGGUGGCACAGGGUUGUCUGGCAGCAUGGGCGGAGACUGCCCUCUGGCCCAGGAGGAGAUCAUAGAGAUCAACAGAGCAGGGGAUAAACUAUGCACUCAACUUACGAUGCUGUACUCCAAGCAGAAUGGCGAUGCUGCAAGUGCCGCCCUGGCCAAUGAGGACUGCCCCAAUAUAGACCAGGUGCUGGGGCCGGACGACCGCAGCCCUGCCACAGGGGGGCUUGGCACGGGGCGUGAGCGCUACCCCCAUGACCGCGCCUGCUUCCUGCUCAGCACUGGGGAGUUCCGCACCACAGACAGCAAUGUCAGGAAAGGUUGUGUCGUGUCAUGCGUUUGUAUGUUCGCUCUUGUUGCUAUCCGUUCCUCUCUCUGUCCUGUCCUCCCCCUGUGUGUGUCGUGUGUUGUGUGUUGUGUUUUUGUGUUGCUGUGUCCUCCUCCUCUCUGGCUCUGGGGCUUUUACCUGCUGGAGUGCCCAUAUCAACCUUUGACCAAACAAAACAAACAAACAAAAACAACAAACAAAUACACAAACAGAGCAGAGUUCUCAUCAAUACGUCACUAUUGUGCUACUUUUGUGGCAAUUUAGUGUUUUUUUCAGCACUGCACUCUCAUGAAGGUAAAAGUCACUGGGGAAAUUAUUUUAUUUCCUUUGUUUACACAAAGCUGGUUUCUUCUCUGUCCUGGAACUGCCCUCCACUGGAGCGCAAAUGAGCUUUGUUUCAUCACAGUGCAUCCAGAGGCCUCCAUUGCACUGGUCCCAGGUCAGACCCUCUGCAUCAUACUGACUGAUAUUUACCAUUGAAACGCAGAGGAAUCAGACUGACCUGGGGUCAGAACUUGGGGGAAAGAAGUGUGAGACGAAGCAGAUAAUGUCAAGGGCCUGUGCUGAAACAUUGAUCAUUGAUGCUGUGAGGAUGUGCUACAGUCCUUUGGUCUCGAAACACUUGGACAACUGAUUAGGCAAACCAAUGACCAGAUGUUGGACUGGCAGGAAGGCUAACGGAGAGAAGAAGAGAUUAGGACUAAGGACUAAGAGCACACAUUACUGUAGACACAUUAGUGGCUGACCAAUUGGAUUACAAUGAGAUCUACAGAAAAGAUGCACCAACAUCAGAAAACCCUAGCAGAGGUUUACCAGCAAUGACGUGCUGCAACCCCUAAGGAAACACAGACUGACCUCUUAAGACACAUGUAGAGAAAGACUAACUGCUUUGACUGACAGACUUAUUAAAAGACAUUGACGUGUCUAUACCCAGUCAAGGAAGAGUCCAAACCCACUGAAAGAAAGAGAUGAACGGACAGGGGAAGAGAGUGAAAGUUGAUAGGCAGAGGCAGCUUGGGAUAGGUGACACAGAGGGCUUACUUGUGAGACUCGUUGGGACUGUAGUGAGUUGGUGCGUGCACUCUGCUGUGUUCUGUGUGUGUGUGAAUAUGUGUAUGUGUGUGUGUGUGUAUGUAGACUUCCUGCGUGCUUUCUCCGUGCUUUAAAAGCCAAGCAGCUGAGUUGAUGGCAAAGGGGUGGAUUCACUUCUUGACUGCACCACAGACCAGCACUCACAGCUUGUUGGCUUUUAACAGGGCUUCAUUUAGCUUCGCUGCCUACACGGCUUGGCAGCCACCAUUUUCUGGGACUUCUUUGACCUCUGUUGACAGAUGCACAAAAUCAACUAGCAAGGGUCAGGAAAGGUCAAAGGUUAGAGGUGAUGUUGCUGCCUCAGUUUGCCCCCCUCUGUUACACCCUACACAUAAACCUAACACACAACCUCGUAAUCAUCAUUGUUUACAAUUGUGUUUGUGUGUGAGUACUAUUCUACAUUGAAUUCAUUUGCAGAUUAUGUUAUUGUCAUUGUGUGUGUUUGUGUGUAUUUAGUAGUUGUGUCUUCAUUUUCUUUGCAUUUAGUUAUUUAUUUAAUUAGCCAUUCUAUUUUCUUUUCUUGUUUCUAUUCCUUUUGUCCUUAAACUCUCUUUUCCGCUACUCUGUUUACCCAUAAUACUUUUUCAGCUCCUUCUUCUCCUUUUUCUCUCUUUCCUGCCCACUGUUGCCAAGGAAACAGUGGAAGAGAGCAUUCUGGGACUUGAAAGCAAUGCAUUAUGGGACAGAUAUGUUAACAAGUCAAACAAAGUCGUAUUUAAGAUUAUAAGACGUCUAAAAGCAACCAGGUAAUGAAUGCUCAUUACGUCCAACCACCAAACCAUGCUCCCAAGAUGCACUGCAAGUACCAUGGUUCAUUCUUAUUAUGUGCUAUUGCUGCUGUGUUGCAUUAUAUCACCAAUUUUGCUUGUGAGUUCCUUUCUUUUUGGGUGAGCAGCUUGUUCGAAUUUUAGAGUUUGUUGUGUUGCCUUUAUGAUGACAACCUUAGCACAGUGAGUGUCUUGGCUCUUUCCCCUGGCAGACUGCACCGGCCUGCAUUUAGAGGCACAGGACAGAACCUUCUGGGCACACUGCAGAGGAAUCGCUAUCCAGCAAGGGCUUAUUCCCAUAUGGGCCUUUUGCAGGAGAGUUCCUGCCCUCUUGGGAGUGGUUCUCUCACUCCCUGUGGAGUGGACAUUGCACAAGCAGCAUAUGUGCACUUGGCUAAGUAUUAUUCUAGAGAAGACGAGGCAUAAGGCGCUAGAGUUCCCCAGCAUUCUUGGGCUUGGAUGCGGUAGCGACUGCAGUAGCUACAUAUGUUUUCAGCAGGAGGCUGCAGGGAGGGAGCAGAGAGUCCAGUAUUUCUCCUCUUUCCACUCCAUCUGAGGUGUGAAUCACCACCACUCUAGGGCUUAAGUGUAAACGCCCUCAGUUCAUUUCAUUAGCAGUCUCCUGAUGGGCAUUAGAAACUAGUACUCAGACCCCACCAGCCUCCGGGUCAGAGGGAAAUACCACACUUAAAAACCACACUGUCUUUGUGGCCAACCAAAUUAUGGAAUCUGAGGUUUUCCUUUUCAUAUACAGUCCAAACAGAAGCCUAUUCUCUUGGUUAAAGAUAAGAGCAUGCAGCCAUGGUGAAGGCCCAUUUAGCUGUUCUGCAUACAUAGGCUGUAAUCCAUUGAGUCAAGCUAGAUUUACCCAAUCUCCAGGGGGAGAGGCAGAGUUCUCAUUUUGCUCAGGUCACUUGGAAGUUAUGGAUGGGGGUGAGGGAGAGGGAGAGGGAUGGGCUCCUCUGCGGCUGAAUUCACGGCGAGGCCUUGUAAUAUGUCCAAUAUGGCCGUCUUUAAAAACCACCCACAGUUACCGUUUUAGAAGAGAACAUUUUUCCCUAGGUUUUGAAACAAGCUUUUAGCAGCUGUGCCUUUUGUGGCGGUAUCGGCCAUAUUGGGCUUACCACAAUGCCAUGGUUAAGUCAGCUGAAGGAGAGUCCAGUUUGACAGAAAGUAAUAUAGAGGCUCGACUGGAUUUGGAGAUCUCCAGGCAAGGUCAAAUGGCUGUGUUGAUCCAUUUAGAAAAGCAGAAGGACAAAGGGACUGACAGAAAGUAAACAAAUGCCUACUUUAUAUUAAAAAAAAUUCUACCACCAAGGGUGAUCUCUGUUAUACUUGUGUCACUGUGCAAUAUGGCCCACCAGGUAUAUCCCUAUAGUAGCCUUUACAUGGCAGACCAAAAUGCAAGUACAAAGGGUGCAUUCAGCAGAACUGGCAAUAUUCUGUCUUAUCUGUAGAGCACUAGAGCACUAAUCAGAGACUACAGUCGAAGGAGAUAUUAAAAUAGGUGAAUAUCUGUAUUUUUAGUAUGGCCCUAUUAUAAUAUGCAGUUAUGGUUCAUUUGGGUACUUAAGUAAACCAGUGGGUCGAGAGGGGUACUGUGGAGAUCCAGUGUGUUUUUUUGAAAGGGAUAGUGUGUCAGGACUGUAAAAACAGUGGUGCAUCUGUCUGUGUGUUUGUGCUAUACAUGUGUGACCGAGUGUGUGGUUCUCUCAUCUCACAUUCCUGUUAUUGUGCCCCUAUCAUGUAUGCAGUGAUCAUACGUGCUCCUGGUACUGGUCAUACUUGGUCAUGGGUGCUUUCUACAUGCAUGAAUAGUUUCCCCUUGCUUGUAAGUCUAGGACUGCGCCAUUGGCCAACACACAUUUCCCUCUCAAGUGUCCUCUGUCUCCAUCUUUUACCCUUGUCAUAGUUGGAGGAUAUAGUGUGAGGGAACAUAAUGCUCUUGUCCACUAAACAUUGUGAUUGUGCAAAAGCAGGAUUAAGGACCUAUAUUUCAAACAAGCGCAACUCUUGUGGUAGUGCUUGGAUCGUUUGUGUAGAAUAUGUUUAUUCAGAUAAUUUGUGAACGACUGCCAGUAGCAUUCACCGUAGAACACACAUGGAGUCUGUCUCCCUCUCUCAUUCUCCUUAGAAUCAAAUCUCUACAUACAUGAAUGCCAUAUUAGCAAUGGACGAGUUUGAAAUGUCUCUGUAGAACGCCUCAGGGUUGCCAUGGUUUCCUGUGCGGUAUUAUCAGUGUAAUCACACACCCUUGUCUCUGGGUGAUCGUGUAUGAGCUGGUACCAGUUUAUCCAAAAUAAUGAAACUCAUGCAAGGUAAACCGAUAAUAGGUUAUAUUGUUUCUUAUCCAGGUGGUCUCUUGAUGCAUAUGUUUGCUGUUCUUGGUGAUGGUCCAUUUUUUUCAUUAGUUGUGUUAACUUUGACAUUCAGACUAUGACAUUUUCUCCUGUCAUAUUUCAAAUUGUUAUUGUCUUUAUCAAAUGCAUCUCAUUGUAUUUGUCAGUGAUACCAUAUUUCCAUUGUAUUUGUCAGUGAUACCAUGUUUCCAUAUUUAAAAUUUGUUAAGCAUAAAUGUGUUGACAAAUAUUAACCUGGGUUCCGACAAAUUAGCAUUGUUACUUAACAUUAAGAAUCAUUAAGAUUAUCAUGCAGCAAAGAUGAGGAUAGGAAAAAAUGUCUUUUCUAUCUCAUCUAUAGUGUGCCAUAGCACAACAUCUUUAGAACAGUUUGUGCUGCAUGUGUAGCUGUCAGUCAGAACCUGAUGCAGUGCUGGUUUGUUCAGAAUGGAGCCCCAGGGUUGAUAUUUGCUGUCCUCAUGGUUGUCCUCCCUCCUCUCCUGUCCUCUCCUGUCUUCUCCUGUCCUCCCUGCCUGUCAGACUAACCCUCUUCAUCCCCCCCAGGCCGUACAUCCAGCCCCCGUAGCAUAACUAAGGUCUGAACAGAGGUACGUAACCCAGCAGUCUCCUCUGCUGCACUUGGAUUGGCCCUCGGCCCUUCCAGUCUCCGCAUGACAGACUGUGUGGCCUUCUGCCGAGCUUUGCUGGGCCGGUGUUGGCUUGGGCUCGGAUACUUUCCCUUAUCCAUGUUAUGCUGCAGGGAAACAUCUUUUUCUGUCUUCUGGUUGGGACACGGCUCUUGUGGUGGUCAAAUUAUAAUAAGUUUGUCUAAGUGAAUGUGAGCCCACUAAGUAGCCACCAGUACCUCCUGGAAGCCACUGAGGACUCUUUCUCAUAGUCAUUAAGUCCACACGUGAACAUAAAAAAGUGUGUGUCUGUAUCCAGUGUCUGUUGUGUAACAUGCGUGUGAACAUCUAUGAAUGCAAUGCUCUAUCACAGUUGUAAAGCAUCGGUGUGUGGGUUUCACACGGUCUUAGAUUUGAUACUGAAAAAAAUAUACUCUAAGAAAUUGUUAUCUUAGAAGUGUUGUCUAUAUUUUCUUCUUUCUUUAAAUAACAAAGAUAGUAAUAAUGCUGAAGAAACAACAGUGCAGGAGCCAACAGUGAUAGAGCAGAGUGGGUUUAAAUGAUUUUGAGUUACAAACACAUUUCUCAAAAUGAUUUAGAACACAGACAUGUAGUUGAUAUCCUGUCCGAAAGUCCUAAAAUCUCAUUGGUUUCUAUUAAUUCACCACACUUCCCAUUGCGCAAUCUCUUCUCUUUUUACAUGAGUAAGCUGCAUGUGACCAAAAUGUAUGACAUGAUAUUCUUUCCAUUGUGGCUACAUGGAGCAUGACUAUUUUCAACCACACUUUUGGAAUAUUUAUUUAUGUUGAAACUUACAUUUAGUUACCAGAAGAUUAAAUCUUCAGAUUACUUGAAGAUUAAUCUCAAAUACAACAU